ACUCCUCAUGGUUCUGAAACAGCAUGCUCUCUGAGCUUCAUACGCAGGAUACACUCUCACUGCUGCACAGCUCUGCUUUUUACAUGCUUCCUGGAAGUGUACACAUGAGCUGCCCCACAUUUGAAGGCACCUCUCGUCUCUCCCAAGGAUUACAAUCAGGAAACAAUUUCCUGGAGUUAUCGUUUUUAUAAAUUGGAUUAAGAGAGACAUCUGGAACCCCAGAGAUGUGUGGGUGGGGAGCGGUCUUGAAUGGAUGAUGAAGUACUCAAGGAUGACUGGAUAAAAGCUUCCAGCAGUUGGUUGCUGCUCCACAGCAUCAUGACUCUCAGGAGGUAUCUGUUUGAAACAUUGACACACUGCAGGUGUGAACUUCCAUCUCUCGUGAGGCCAUGGAGGAUUGGGAGCAAAGCUGAUGACACAGCUCUCAGAUUCAUUCCAAUCUCUGGGGCAUUGCUUUCCAUCCUCCAAUUUACAACCUUCAAAGCGUAGGCCGAUCUUCCACAGGGGGCUAGUUUGUCUGUACUUCAAACAUAUUGAAAAGGCUGGUAAUUAUGCCUCACUCUCAUUAUCUCUGUUUCUUCUGCUGCACGACUGAGAGGUGAGGGAGAAGUGAUCAGAGGGUGAGGAGUUUCUUUUUUUUCUUCAAGAUUAGAGAAGGUAGAAGAGGAGAGAGGAAGGCAAAAGGUGGGGGAAGGAGAGAUAAACAGAGGCAGUUUUAAGGCGGUAAACACGUCCCAUCCACAGUCAGCUCUCCUCUAAACACAUCAGGCAUAAAGCAGCAUCCGUCUGAGACAGAAGGACAAACUGGAGCGAGUAGAAAACACUGUGGUUUUGUCAGUCUGGAAACCACUGGAGGGAAGAUAACGGAAUAAAGUCAAGAAGAAGCAGAUUAUUUGCGAGAUUACAAAUCUUGAUUUGAGAAGAAAACCAGAGCAAACCACAGCCAUGGACUCAGACGUCUCCCACAGCUUCUCUUGUCUUUGCAGCAAGAUGAAACAGCAGCACAUGAGCUAAAGCCGCCGCAGCAGCAGCAGCAGCAAACCCCACCGGCCUGUCCUCCACCACAGGACCCUGCUCCUGCUGCCCCUGCUGCUCCUGCUCUGUCUCUCUCUGUGGAGCCAGCAGGCCGAGGCCCUGGUCCACUCCAGCUUCAGGCGGCUCAGCGGUCGCGAGAAGAAGGAGAUGCAGAAGGAGAUUCUGUCCAUCCUGGGUCUGCCGGGGAGACCCAGACCCCACCCGCUACGACCGCCCUCCUCCGCACCGCUCAUGCUGGACCUGUACCACGCCAUGUGUGACGGGGAGGAUGAAGGGAAUGCAAUAAUUGUAACCGGACCCGGAAUGGGGAACGUUUGGAGGGGCAGAAAGGUUGGCUCAGGUCAGCACGCGGUCCUGCCGACCCUCAGCACAUACACGCCGCCGCUGGGCACGGUGGUCAGCGAGGCCGACACGGUGAUGAGCUUCGUCAACCUGGUGGAGCAGGAGCGUGACCUCUUGCAGCCUCGUCCAUACUGGAAGGAGUUUCGUUUUGAUCUGACGCCCCUCCCUCAGGGUGAGACGGUGACGGCAGCAGAAUUUCGUAUCUAUAAGACCCUGACGAUGGGCCAGAGGGCCAACCGAACACUGCACAUCUCCGUCUACGAGAUCCAGCGAGAGAGCAGACACAGAGAACCAGAGCUGGUGCUGCUGGACAUGCAGUCGGUGCCUGCAGGACAGGAGGGCUGGCUGGCCUUCGACGUCACCACGGCCUCCAACCACUGGCUCCUCCACCCCCGCAGCAACCUGGGCAUACGUCUCUAUGUGGAGACAGAGGAGGACCGCUCCCUGUCUGCAGGCUGGAUUGGAUUGGUAGGACGCAGGGGCCCUCGCUCCAAACAGCCCUUCAUGGUGACCUUCUUCAGGGAGAGUCAGGUGCCGUGUCGGCCGCCACGAGCUGUCAAGCCACAUCCCCGGAAGAAGAAACCCAAAUACGACCUCCCAGUCCCCAGCAUCCAUAAUCGGAGUCCUGCAAACAGUGGAGGUCAGCCCUGUAAAAAACAUGAACUCUACGUUAGCUUCAGUGACCUGGGAUGGAAGGACUGGGUUUUGGCCCCCACUGGAUAUUCAGCUUACUACUGUGAUGGAGAGUGUUUUUAUCCUCUGGGCUCCUGCAUGAACGCCACUAACCACGCCCUCAUCCAGCAAGUGGUCCACCUCCUGAAGCCUGACGAGGUUCCAAAGGCAUGUUGCGCCCCCACCAAGCUCAGCCCCAUCUCAGUCCUCUUCUACGACGACAACAACAACGUCAUCCUCAAAAAGCACCGUAACAUGGUGGUUAAGACCUGUGGGUGUCUAUGAGAGACAAACAAACAAACCAAAAUGUACAUGGAUGAUGUUUUUCCCCCCCAGACAUGAACUCUGAAUGAGAAAGGCACCAGAACUGUAAUUUAACAGGUUUGUGAUUAUGUAUUUGAGUUCUGAUUUAGGAUCAGUGACUGAAUCAAUUUUCUUAAUCAAAUUCAAAGUUCACUGAUUCAAAAUCAGCACUUUUGCUUUAAUAUUUUUUGAAUUGAUUGAUCAUGAAAAUAAUUAGUUGCAGCCCUGUUGUGGAUACACAGUACUCUACAUCAGCCUACACCACAGCUGUAUAGUACACGGUCAUGUAAUUAAUAAUCACAUCUUUCAUCUUGUCAUGUACACAGAAUGAGCUGAGAAGACCAGGCACAUUAAAUACAAUGUUCAAUUUAUUGAAAAGGGUAAAAAAAAAAAAAAAAUACAUUGAGGAAAUUUAGUGACGUAUUUGCCCGUUAGUAAGUAUAUGAAGAACCAAAAAGAACCGGGAUUAAUCAUGUCUUUAACUGUCAAUCAUUUACGGUUUCUUCAAACAAACAAACAAACAAACAAACAACCAAACUGCCAACAGUUGAAAGCAUAAAUGAGCACAGAGCAAAUCUUGUCCUGGUUUAACUGAAGUGGGACAAAGAUGGUGUUAUUGCCAAGAUUAUGUUUUGAAACAUGCCCAAGGAGGACCACAUUAAAAAUGAGCAGAAGCAGAAGAAUUUG